AUCAAUUCUUUUCUUCAAUUAACUUCUGUUAGAGGAGCUGCUCCCAAAAUAUGCCCGUGACGAAUCAAGUGCACCUUGGAGAGAUCCCUGGUGUCAAUUCCAGAGAUAAGGGGAGAGAAGAAGACGAAAGUGAGGUGGGGGCCAAUUCCUCUGAUGAAAUUAGUUUGGGACUUUCAUCUGGCAGUGAAGAUGAAUUGGCGCUGAUUGAAGAUGAAGACGAUGAAGACGAAGAAGAGGAAGGGACGAAUAAGGCUAAACGACCUACCAGGGCGAGAAAUCCCGCAACAUCUACGUAUCAAGAUGAUUUAUUGGACGGUAUAGACUUUCAACUUUCCGAUGAUAGUUUUGAUGACCUGGAUGGACAAGUGCUAUUCACGUCAUCUUCUGAUGAGUAUCAAGAUAAUGAGGAAGCGGAGGAUGAUUUGGAUGAAAAUUACGACUUCAAAGAAGCGCUUCGGUUGGCAGGUAAUUUCCGAUCGAAAAAGAAGAAGAACGUCAAAACCAAGUCGUAUUGGAAAAGGAAAAUGAUGAGAACCACCAAUAGAGAGUUGGAUCCCGAAGUCAGAAUGCAUUUGUCCCAAGCAAAUGAAGCGUUUGUCCGACAAGACUUUCAGCUGGCGUUGAAUUCGUAUCUUGAAGUUAUCAAGAAGGAUCCUAAGAAUUUUAAUGCGUAUAAAACAUUGGGUGAAAUCUAUAAAUCACAAGGAAGACUACAUGAGUGUUGUAACUAUUGGUUACUAGCGGCUAAUAUUCACCCGUGGGAUAGUCAAUUUUGGUCUAAUGUGGCAGAAUUGAGUAGUGAAUUGGGGUAUAUUGAUCAGGCCAUAUAUUGUUAUACGCGUGCUAUUUCGGCAGACUCUAAUAAACGGCCUGAAUUCAUCCUAGAAAGAGCUAUAUUAUAUAAGGAAAAGAAACAAUAUGGUCGUGCUUUAGAAGGAUUCCAAAAGAUACAUUCACUUUUCCCCACUGAUUCAAAUAUCAUUAAAAAUUUGGCUAGUGUUUACUUGGAACAAAAAAGAGUUAAUGAUGCCAUAAACUUAUAUAUGAGCAUAUUGGAUCAAAACAUGCGCCCUUCGGAGUCAACUGAAUCUCAGGUUCCCUCUUUUGAUUGGGCAGAACUUAAUAUUUUAUGUGAACUUUAUUUGAGCCAACAUGCCUAUGUAGUAGGUAUAAAAAUUCUCAAAUUAGUUGCAAGAUGGUUACAAGAUAGAAGUGAUGAAAAAUGGUGGGAUGAGCAAGAUAACGAUAUCGAAUUUGAUAGAAGAAGAUUUACGGUCAUUAAGCAAAGAUCAGCUACAGACCAAGAAGCAGCUCAAGAUAAAGAAUUUGAUUUACCCAUUGAUAUAAGAUUUAAAUUGGGUGUUUUAAGACUUGGAUUGGAUCAAAAAGAAGAAGCAAUGUUUCAUUUCGACUAUUUGAGAGAUGAAGAAGAAAUUGCUGAUUUACUAUUUGAAGCCGGUAAAGCUUUAGAAGCACAAGGUUAUAACGAAGAUGCAAUAGAGUUUUUAAAUAAAGCCUAUGAUGAUGAAGAACAAAGAUCAACCGAAUUGCUCGAGCUUAUGGGGAAAUGUAAUUUAGAAAUGGGUGAAUAUCAACAAGCAAAAGAGAUAUACACUUCUUUAGCUGAGGUUUUACCAGAAAGUUUAGAUAUUAAACUUGCCCUCAUUGAAGCGCUGUACCAUUUGGGUGAUGUGGAAGAAGCCGGGGUACUUUUGGAACGUGUAUCGGCAAUGGCCAAAGAUACUGAAAAGGAAGGUAUAAAAGACACCCUGGGAGAUGACGAGGAACCACUACCUCUUAUCAACAAUACUCAAUUAAUACGAUCCGCCAGAAGUGCCAAACUCACCGAGGAUGAGAGAAUCGAUAUUGAAAAUAAUGCAAAAAGAAGAGUACUUGAAAAAUUCCAUCGUAUGCAACGAUUACAACCUGCUAUUGAUACCCAUGACCGAGUUGCGGUAAUGGCAUGGAUCAAACUUGCCGCACAGUUAGUUGAAAUGUUUAUGAGUGUACGUAGCUUCUUUCCUAGAGAUAAAAAUCGGUUAUUCAAAGGGAUCAUUUUAUAUAAAAGAAAAAAACAAAUGGGGAUCAAUGAUAAACUUGCCCGUGUUUAUAACUUAUAUGAAGGGAUGACGGCUCCUGAUAACAUCAGACAUGAACUUACUUCUGUGACUGAAUAUCGAGGGUUAAGUUAUGAUGAAUGGUUUUUCAUAUUUGUACAAUACGCAAUCUUAUUACAUCAAUACGAGGAAAAUAUUGAAAUCGCCAUUCAAACCAUAGAGAUUGCCCAAGGGGUAAGUGUCUUCGUUCAGGAUAAAAAGAAAAGUAAUAUCAUGAAAUUAAUUCGAUUAAUGUUUUCAAUUAACCAGGAUGACGCUACUGGAAUAGCAGUUCAUGUUAGACAUUUCUUAUCUGUCAAUCAAUUUUCUCCCUUUAUGUAUAAAUUUUUCAUGUGUUGUUUUAGUUCAGGAUCAAAAAGAUGGGCUUCUUAUACUAGUUAUCUUCACCAAAAGUUUUUCUUAAGACAAGUGAAGGCAUUUGAUUCUAUUUUGAAAAAUACCAAAAUUACCGGUAUGGCCACCAUCACAGCAGAUGUCAAGAAUGUUAAUUUGAAAAAAGAUAACUUGGAAGUGCUUUAUACAUACGCUACGCUUUUCGGUGGGAGCAGAAGUCAUGUUUCCGAAGUAAUUUAUGCUAAUCGUGCCUACCAAAACUAUCACCAGGAUCCUACUGUAUGCUUGAUAUUGGGUAUUUCUCAUGUUCACCGUUCCAUGCAAAGAUUAAGUACAAACCGUCAUCUCCAAUUACUCCAAGGUAUUAGUUACCUCUUGGAAUACAGAUCCCACCGUCUCGCCAAUGCCACAAAUUACGAGCGUCAAGAAGUUGAAUUCAACUUUGGACGUCUUUUCCAAAUGAUUGGCUUACCAUCUCUUGCGGUCAAGUUUUACGAUAAAGUUCUUUCUUUCCAUGAUAAACUUGAAGAUUCUAAAUACGAUUUACUGAUGGAAGCAGCCCACAAUUUGUCUUUAAUCUACACCAUUAGUGGUAACACUGCUUUGGCAAGAGAAAUCACCGUCAAGUAUCUAACCAUUUGAGUAUCUUCAUUUGUAUAUUAGUUAACUGUAUAAUUAUUACAAUUUUUC